UUUCAGACUUUGAAAGCAAGCAAUGAAUCUCAUAGUUACAUCUGCGUCCGCACUAACGGUGCUGAAUUUUGUGCUGCUGGUGCUGGCGGAUAUCCCCUCAUUGAUUAAUGGCGAAGAGGUCUCUGAUGGCGUGCGCCUGGUGAUGAAGACUCGCUCCGGCGAUACGCUUGUCCGGGCGGCCCGUGGGGCACUGCCGGAGGAGACAGUCUCUCCCGCAACCAAUGUGGAUGGCCAGCGCAUGAGAAACAACCGUAAAUCGAACAGAUCGCAGGAUAAUUUGCAACAAGCCGGCGGCCACAAGUCCAGGACGGGCCACAAGAAGCAUGCGGUCGCGGAGAAUGUCAGUGCAGUCGCUCAGCACCCGGCGCAGCCGAAGCACAAGCAAGGCCACAAAAAUAGUGACAAGCAGCAGCGGCAGGUAAUAAAGCAACAACAGCAUGGACAUCAGUCCCAUCCAGGGGGCAAACGGCCAGGACCCAAGGCAAAGGCUUCCGAAACUGCGUCCACUUGCCGGUAUGCGAAGAGCGCCUGGUCGAACUGCGAUGCCAAGUCCAACAUGCGCACUCGAAUUCUGUCUCUGAAGAAAGGGGAGCAGAACUGCCUGCCAACACGAACCAUACAGAAGAAGUGCAAGAAAGGAUGUCGAUAUGAGAAGGGCACUUGGACACCGUGCACCGCUGGACAAAUGACGCGCGAGGAUAAGUUGCAGGCAGAGGGAGUCGGGGCCAGCGAUCAGAACUGUGAUCCAGUGCGUACCGUCAACAAAAAGUGCAAGGGAACUGGCAGCUCGCCUGAAGGAAAGCACCACGGCCCGAACCGAGCCGCAAAGGAGCGCAAACAGAAGGAUAAAGGCACUCCUCGUCGCACUGCACCGCAGGAGUAG